ACCGAGCCCAAAUUGCCCAAGAGAGCCCCUUGUCGCCUCAUUUUCCCAUACCUUUUCCCUCCUCGACAUCGACAAGGACAUAGGCAGUGAGGGCAAAAAGAGACGCCAAAAUGAAUAUGAAUAGCACCCACGCCACGAUUCUUUGCUGCAACUGCGGCGCUCCCAUCGACGGAACGACCGCCGCCAACGCGCUCUGCUUCGACUGCAUCAAGUUGACCGUCGACAUCUCCCAGGGCGUCCAGCGCGAAGCCACCCUCAACUACUGCAGAGAUUGCGAGCGCUGGCUGCUGCCGCCCAGCAGUUGGAUCGUCGCCGCCCCCGAGUCCCGCGAACUCCUCGCCCUCUGCCUCAAGAAGCUCAAGGGCCUGAACAAGAUACGCAUCAUCGACGCCUCCUUUGUGUGGACGGAACCCCAUUCGAGACGAGUCAAGGUCAAGAUCACGAUCCAGGACGAGGUCCAGAGCGGCGUCCUUCUCCAGCAGGCGUUUGAGGCGGUUUACAUCGUCGCGUACCAGCAAUGUCCCGACUGCGCAAAGUCCUACACGGCCAACGUGUGGCGCGCCUCCGUCCAGGUCCGGCAAAAGGUCCUGCACAAGAGGACGUUCCUCUACCUCGAGCAGUUGAUUAUGAAGCACGGCGCACACAGAGAUACCCUCAACAUUAAAGAAGCAAAGGACGGAAUCGAUUUCUUCUUCUCGGCAAGGAAUCAGGCUGAAAAAUUCUGCGACUUCCUCAACUCCGUUGUGCCCUGCACGGUCAAGAAGUCGCAGGAGCUCAUUUCGCAAGAUAUCCACACAUCGACAAAAUCUUUCAAGUUCACCUUUUCAGUCGAACUGAUUCCUAUUUGCCGUGACGAUCUUGUGGCUCUGCCCAUCAAGCUGGCCCGGGCAUCCGGCAACAUUUCUCCCCUCGUCAUUUGCCACAAGAUCGGAACCGCAGUAUACCUUUUCGACCCCAACACCCUUCAGACCGCAGAUGUCAGCGCUCCCAUCUACUGGCGCGCACCGUUCCGUUCCCUCGCCGACGUCAAGUCGCUCGUUGAGUUUAUCGUCAUGGACAUCGAGCCGACGGGCAUCACAAAGGGCAAGUGGCAUCUCGCCGAGGUGCAAGUAGCCCGCGCCUCCGACCUGGGCUCAAACGACAAGACCUACUUUGCGAGAACACACCUGGGCGGCCUGCUGCACGCCGGCGACUCGGUCCUGGGCUACAUGCUCACGGGCACCAACUUCAACAACGAGGAGUUUGACGCUAUUGAAGAGUCGCACGCCUACGGCUCGACGAUACCCGACGUCAUCCUCGUCAAGAAGCACUACCCCAACAGAAGAAAGCACAAGAACCGCAACUGGAAGCUCAAGCGCAUGGCCAAGGACGAGGGUGAGCUGCUGCCCAAGCAGGCUGACCAGGACCGCAUGAACGAGGACUAUGAGCAAUUCUUGCGCGAUGUCGAGGAGGACGAUGAGCUGCGCGCGACGAUGGCGCUGUACAAGUCACAACAGCCGCAGAAUAUCGAUCCGGACGCCAUGAGCAUCGCCGAGACCGAGGGCGAUGAGGGUGCUCCGAGGGUGGACAUGGAUGAACUGCUUGACGACAUGGACGAACUCCAGAUUCAGGAUUAGGCGUCAGGUGUGGAUGCCUGUCUUCCGAAAGGCGGCGGGCAGGGGAUGGGGGCGUGUCGUCUAUGGACGGACGGGACAAAGUUGGGACGUGUCUCUGUUGAGGUCCCCGACGUUUGGUGGCUCCGGGGUGGUGUUAAGGUUAAGUGGCCGUCUGCGGGGAGGAAAUGUGUUUCCUUACGAGAUGGUACGUGGACACGUUUGGUUUCUUGGGCAAUAGAAGAAGAGAGUGAAGGUAUCUCUCUCUCUCUCUCACACAAAAAAUGAAUGGGAUGGUUUCAAGGAUGGGGUGGCAAGGCGUGUAUGCAUCAUCAGAUACCUUUGACUGAGACUACGACGCAAGUGAAAAAGGGCG